AUGUUGCUAACAACAGCAUUUUGUUUACUAAAUCUUCCCAGUCAUUAUCAUAAACAAAACAAAAUUAAUGAUGCAAAAUGUUGGAUGGAACAAGAUGGAAAAGGAAUGCAUUGUAUAUGUUCGCAAAAUUUUUGUAAUCAAUUACGUGAUCGACGUAUUCCAAUACAAGGUAAUAUGCCGCUUAUAAAUGCAUCUAUGAUGAGGUAUAAUCCAUUGAUUGAUUACGAUUACACUAAUGAAAAUGAAGCUGAUUUCACUUUUGAUAUGGCGCAUCUGCAAAAUCAUGCAAAUAUAAUUGCUAAUGAUCCAUUAUCAUCGAAUGGUAAGUAG